GGUAGAUGGCUGCGUUGACUGUGGACUUCAGAAAACACAGUGGACCAACACCAGCAGAUGACAUGGCAGCCCAAAUCAUCACCGACUGUGGAAACUUCACACUGGACUUCAAGCAACAUGGAUUCUGUGCCUCUCCACUAGGGAUGCGCCGAAUAUUCGUCCACCGAAAAUUUUCUGCCGAAAGACUUUUAUCACCAAAACAAUACGGCCAAAAUGUUGUGAUGACGCAAACAGAAACCGCGACCUGCACGUGGACCACGGAGUGAAAACAAUGAAAAGUACACUCUUAGAGUCUGUCAGCACACGUUUCACUGAGAUCUAUUCGGAUGCUCUGCACUUCAUCGCGACUGUACUUGAUCCGCGUUAUAAAGACCAUUACUUGGAUGCGGAAAUAAAGCAGCGCGCACGAGAAAUGAUCCAGGCCGCGAUGGAUGCGGAGAACACGCGUGGAGACAGAGACGGAGCAGCGCACGGAGCAGCGCAGGAGAUCAGAGCGCAGAAAAAAAGACUCGUCUCUCUGCACCAGAUGAGGGGCAUGCACUCUCGUUGUCUGAUAUGGUCAGUGAAAUCCUGCAAGAAAGUGCCUCAAAUAAUAGGCAGAUGACAAGCUCAACCGCUCAACAGCUAGAUGGUUAUCUGUCUGAAGUCCCCAUCCCCAGAAGUGAUAACCCUCUUGCCUACUGGAGAAAUAAUCACGGCCGCUCUCCUGAGCUGGCAAAGAUGGCACGCAAGUACUUGUCUGCUCCAUGCACAAGCACUGACAGCGAGAGACUGUUCAGUGUAGCAGCUCAUGUUCUCGAUGAGAAGAGGAACAGACUUCACUGUGAUAAAGCAGAGAAGCUACUCUUCAUCAAGAAAAACCUGCCACUUUACCUCAAGAAGUAGAACGGGCUUGUCUAGUGUUUAAAUAUUUAUUAUCCACUUUGCACAUCUGCAAUUCUUGGUGCAUUUGUUGUUGUUAAAGUUCUACAGUUAACAUAUGGGCUAUGGCAGUCUUUGUUUUGAUACACUAUUAUGUUGAAGGCCUACAGAGAAAAAUUUAAAAUGCACUUGACCUAAAUGCACUUUGUUUUUAUGAGAGAACAUUUAAUUUUACAACCUUUCAGCAGGCCAGUAGGCCUGUACAUUAUUAUUUAAUGUACACAUGAGUGGGGUCAAGUUAAACAUUUUAGUUUGAAUUUUAUUUUAUACUGUGCAUUGUUGCAAUGUGCUAAAUAAAUAUUUGCAUAAUUUGUAAUUGAUUUAUUCUUUGAAACUUUAAUAUUAAUUUAUGCAAUUGCAAUGCCUUGAUUUUAGUAAAGUUAGUACACAGUCAUAGCCAGUGGCGUAACUUUGUUUUGAAAAGUGGUGGGGACAAAGACGACACAAACAAUACUUUAAUAAAUUGUUUCUGUAAGAACUCGUUGGGAAUAUUCAUGGACGUCACAAGCGCGAAACAUGUAGGUAACUCCUCCAGAAAACAGUAUAAAAACUGCGCUGCUUUAUCGAUGGCUUCAGUGGUGUGACGUUAGUGCGAAAGACGCAUGACAAAUAAUAUUGACACUGCGUGAAGCAGGUUCGAAUCCGCUCAACUCACUAUUCUAAAUUUUCACAUCACAUAUCAGAUCUGCUUCCAUUUGUUUUUAAACUAUAUCAUGUUUUCAUCAAUAUAUAAUUUAAAGCAUGUUGUGCUUUAUUAUAUGUAAGGAUGGCUGUUGCUGUACAUAAUUAAACGUAUUAAUUCGUGAUGAAACAAAAACUACUGAAACGAAUGUGUGUUUUCCCCAUGUUAAAAAUGUGGUGUUUGACACAGAUUACCUGUCGGUGGGUCAAGGAUUGAGAGUUUGGGAACCCCCUGCUAAUAAGGACAAACAUUCAAGUAUACAGGGGAAACAGAUGGAAAAUAAUAUCUUUAAAAAAAUCUUAUUUUCACUUAUUACUACGGGCAUUGCCUGAUAGGCUACAAAUAUACAACAAACUUUCUAAAUUUUGUUUUGAACUCAUGAAACUACA